UGAGUGAAUCAAUAUACAUUUCAUUCCAUCUUAGAGCAUGAGCACCAUCAUGGCCAGAAGUCCUCUUGAGUCCUCUUCAUCCAGGAGAAACUUCCAGUGGAUUUCAAGAGGAAGUGUUAAAGAGUCUGAGAAGAAGUAUGGUGAAGAAGAAUUUACAUUCUUCACAGAUGAAGAAGCCCCUACGGCGACUGCCAUGGCUUCUCCGGCUGCCACGAAGAAGAAAACUUUAUCAUCUGCUUCAGUUGCUGUUAUGAGAUUGCGGUCGGUUAUCGCUGCUGUUAUCGCCGGAAGAGAUAGGUUGGCUGGGCUCGGUCCUCGGGUCACCGGGACUAUAUUUGGCCGUCGGAGAGGACAUGUCAAGUUGGCCUUUCAGGCUGAUCAGAGAUCUUCUCCUGCCAUUCUUGUUGAGCUUGCAAAGCCAACAAGUGCUCUUGUGAGAGAGAUGGCCUCAGGGAUGGUGAGGAUUGCUCUCGAGGCCGAGAAGGCCGUGGCUUCGACCGGGAGGCUGUUAGAUCAACCAUUGUGGCAGGCUUACUGCAACGGGAGGAAAUGCGGCUACGCCGUGCGGCGAGAAUGCGGUGCCAGUGAUUGGAAGGUAUUGAAGGCUAUCGAACCGGUGACGAUGGGGGCCGGUGUGUUACCGGCCGAAGGCGAUGAGCCGGAGGGGGAAAUGAUGUUCAUGAGAGCGAGGUUUGAGAGAGUGGUUGGUUCCAGGGACUCUGAAGCAUUCUACAUGAUGAAUCCUGAUGGAAAUUCUGGAGCUGAACUUAGUGUGUACUUGCUUAGAGUUUGAAUGCUACAAUUACUGUUGAUAUUAAUGAAUUACGUAAUUUACGUUCCUAGUUU